AUGGUGACAUUCAACGGGACGACAACAUCAGAGAAAGGUGAUGGUGCUGAAACCUUGCUGAAAAACCCAAAGGCUGAAAACAUAUCAGUACCUAUAGGAGUUAUGUUAAAAAAAACGAAGCCUGAAUCCAAAUUUGAAGGUUCUGAAGAUCCUGAUGCCUUAAUAGCAGAAAAAGAAAUGAAAAUGUUCGAGUCUAAAAAUACAACAAUAACAAUACUUCACUCUUCACCAGUAGCGGCUCAUGUCCUGGUAUCUUGUACCAAUUCCUCUUAUUACCAAUAUCCUCAGAGUAAGUAUGAUAUAAUACCAAUUCCUCUCAUUACCAAUAUCCUCAGAAGUAAAUAUGAUAUAAUACCAGUUCCUCUUAUUAUCAAUAUCCUCAGAGAUCUACCAUCUAUUACAACAUUGGAGCUGUUACCACGAAGAUCUCUGUCUGUGCUACGUGGAGUGGGACUAAGAAAGGAUCAUCUGAUCAUCCAAACCAGAGGCCUGUACCUGAUUUACAGUCAGAUUUAUUUCAAGGUCAUUCGGGGGACCAACUGGCCAUUGAGACUGAAUUUACUGUGUCAUAUAGUAGAAAGAUACAACCGGCGAAUACCAAACGAUGGAAUAGAGAAACUUCUUCAGAAUAUGUAUACUCUACCUAAGAGAGCCCCCGGGAACACCAUGUUUGAUUUUCACACUAGUUAUAUAUCUGGUGUGUUUGAGAUGGAGGUCAAUGAUGAGGUGUAUGUCAGAGCCUUACUUGAAGAUGACAUAGCAAGAGACCCCACUUCCAACUAUCUGGGACUGGUUAAAUUGGGUGGGUAG